AUGAAUGCUGUUAGUCGUGCCGAGAUGCAGGGAACGCCACAGUAUCCUUAUCAGAGAGACUUUCAAGAGGCUGUAAAGAAUGGAGAUACAAAUGUGUUGCAGCAGAUACUGGAAAAACGUGAGGGCAAGGUGAACAUUAAUCUAUUCGAUACAGAAGGUCAGACAGCUUUGCAUCAGAGCUGCUUAAAUGGUAAUCUUGAACUCGUGAAACUGUUAGUUAAAUUUGGGGCUGAUGUACGCCUUGCAAACCGCGAUGGUUGGAGUGCAUUGCAUAUAGCAGCUUAUGGGGGUCACCAGGAGAUAGAGAGUUAUCUUAUCCAUGUCAACAGCCGAGACUAG